CUUUCUUUCACUCCCCUCACUAUACGGUAUCGUUCACCAUGGAGGACCAGGGACACCCCCAGUCGUCCGGACCGCCGUCUGAGAUCAGAGACGAUGGAGACAGCAGUGCUACUGUCUUCCCUGAGGAGAAGCCCAACCAAGUCAGCCGGGCUGAAGGAUGGGCUCUCAUGGCCGAGGUCAAGAAGCAACGCGAACGAGAAGUCGCCUCGGGCUUCAAACGCAGAGAAUUGGGCGUCACAUGGAAGGACCUGAGCGUCGAAGUCGUCAGCGCCGAAGCCGCCGUCAACGAGAACGCCCUGUCGCAAUUCAACAUCCCCAAACUCAUCAAGGAGUCGCGCCACAAACCUCCGAUGCGUUCUAUUCUUCAGAACAGUCAUGGCUGCGUCAAGCCCGGUGAGAUGUUGCUGGUGCUGGGACGCCCAGGCUCUGGCUGCACCACUCUGCUCAAGAUGCUUUCCAACCGCCGACUGGGUUACAACUCCAUCCAGGGUGACGUGCAGUUCGGAUCUCUCACUGAAAAGGAGGCUGCUCAGUAUCGCGGCCAGAUCGUCAUGAACACUGAGGAGGAACUUUUCUUCCCUUCAUUGACCGUUGGCCAGACCAUGGACUUUGCUACCAAGCUCAAGGUCCCCUUCAACCUCCCCGAGGGCGUCGACUCUGCCCAAGCCUACCACGAAGACACCAAGCGGUUCUUGCUCGAAUCCAUGGGCAUCUCCCACACCAACGACACCAAGGUCGGUAACGAGUACGUCCGGGGUGUGUCGGGAGGAGAGCGUAAGCGUGUUUCCAUUAUCGAAUGCCUGGCCACCCGUGGCUCCGUUUUCUGCUGGGACAACAGUACUCGAGGUCUCGACGCCAGCAAUGCUCUGGAGUGGACCAGGGCCAUCCGUGCCAUGACCGAUGUCCUGGGCCUGUCCACUAUUGUCACGCUAUACCAGGCAGGAAACGGUAUCUAUGACCUGUUCGACAAGGUGUUGGUGCUGGACGAGGGCAAGCAGAUCUACUACGGCCCCAUGACCGAGGCCCGUCCCUUCAUGGAGGACUUGGGCUUCGUCUGUCGUGAUGGCUCCAACGUGGCUGAUUUCUUGACCGGUAUUACCGUCCCGACUGAGCGCAAGAUUAAACCCGGCUACGAGAGUCGAUUCCCCCGAAACGCUGACCAGGUUCUGGCCGAAUACGAAAAGUCGCCCAUCAAGAGCCAGAUGGUGGCCGAGUAUGACUACCCGACUACUUCGCUGGCCAUCGAGCGCACCGAAGACUUCAAAGCUGCUGUCGCCAGUGAUCGGUCUAAAAGACUCCCCAAUAACAGUCCGAUGACCGUCGACUUCCUCACCCAGGUCCGAACCUGCAUUAUCCGACAGUACCAGAUCCUCUGGGGUGAUAAGGCGACCUUCUUCCUCACCCAAGUUGCAACCAUCAUCCAGGCUUUGAUUGCUGGUUCUCUCUUCUACAACGCCCCCAGUAGCUCAAGCGGUCUCUUCAUGAAAUCUGGUGCUCUCUUCUUCUCUCUGCUCUACCACAGUUUGCUCGCCAUGUCCGAAGUUACCAGUUCCUUCAACGGUCGACCGGUCUUGAUCAAGCACAAGUCCUUCGCCAUGUUCCACCCUUCCGCCUUUUGCCUUGCUCAGAUCACGGCCGACAUUCCCGUGCUCCUCUUCCAGAUUAGUACUUUUGCGCUGAUUGUGUACUUCAUGGUUGGCUUGACCAUGUCGGCAUCCGACUUUUUCUCUUACUGGAUUAUGAUUUUUGCUAGCACAAUGUGCAUGACUGGUCUUUUCCGAGCCGUCGGUGCAUUGUUCUCGACCUUUGAUGGUGCAUCCAAGGUUUCUGGAUUUUUGAUCAACGCCCUGAUCAUGUACACCGGAUAUAUGAUCCAGAAGCCGCAAAUGCACCCGUGGCUGGGUUGGAUCUACUGGAUCAAUCCUCUGUCAUACGGUUUCGAGGCCCUUCUUUCCAUUGAGUUCCACAACAAGGUAAUCCCCUGUGUGGCGAACAACCUCAUCCCCAAUGGCCCCGGUUAUACCGACUCCCGGUACCAGUCCUGUGCGGGUGUUGGUGGCGCCAGGCUUGGAGCCACAACCGUUAACGGCGAUGACUAUUUGGCUUCUCUGUCUUACCGCCACUCCCAUCUCUGGCGAAACUUCGGUAUUGUUUGGGCUUGGUGGGCACUGUUCGUUUUCGUGACCGUUCUUGCAACUUCCAGAUGGAAGGCCGCCGCAGAGACCGGAAACUACCUUCUCAUUCCCCGUGAGAGAGUCGACAAUGUUCGUGGAAACGCCCGUCCAGACGUGGAGUCUCAAGCCAACGAGAAGAGCUCCAACUCGGCCAAAGAACCCCAGACCAGUGAGGAAGAGCUCAACAAGCAGCUUAUCCACAACACCUCGAUUUUCACAUGGAAGAACCUUAGCUACACCGUCAAGACCCCCAGCGGAGAUCGUGUCCUGUUGGACAAUGUUCAAGGAUGGGUGAAACCGGGCAUGUUGGGUGCCUUGAUGGGCUCUUCUGGUGCGGGAAAGACUACGCUUCUGGAUGUGUUGGCUCAGCGCAAGACUGAGGGAACCAUCAAUGGAUCUAUCCUCGUCGACGGUCGUCCUCUUCCAGUUUCUUUUCAGCGAUCCGCCGGUUACUGUGAGCAGUUGGAUGUACAUGAACCAUUCGCGACUGUUCGCGAAGCUUUGGAAUUCUCUGCCCUGCUCCGUCAAUCGCGUGAUACACCCCGGGAAGAAAAGCUCAAAUAUGUUGACACCAUUAUCAACCUGUUGGAAUUGCACGAUAUUGCUGAUACAUUGAUUGGUCGCGUGGGCGCUGGUCUGAGUGUUGAACAGCGCAAGCGUGUCACUAUUGGUGUUGAACUUGUCUCGAAGCCUAGUAUUCUGAUCUUCUUGGAUGAGCCUACUUCUGGUCUGGAUGGCCAAUCUGCAUACAACACUGUUCGUUUCCUGCGCAAGCUAGCCGAUGUUGGCCAAGCUGUGUUGGUGACCAUCCACCAGCCAUCUGCUCAGUUGUUCGCAGAAUUCGACACUCUGUUGCUCUUGGCCAAGGGUGGUAAGACUGUCUACUUCGGUGACAUUGGUGACAACGGUCAGAUUGUUAAGGAUUACUUUGGUCGCUAUGGCGCCCCAUGCCCUCCUGGCGUCAACCCUGCGGAACAUAUGAUCGACGUCGUCUCUGGACAUCUCUCGCAAGGCCGGGACUGGAACCAGGUCUGGCUCGACUCCCCUGAACACGGCACGACUACCAAGGAACUUGAUCGCUUGAUUGAAGGCGCUGCAUCCAAGCCCCCUGGCUACAAUGACGAUGGAUUCGAAUACGCCAUACCACUCUGGCAGCAAACAAAGAUCGUGACCUCUCGCAUGUGCCUCGCCUUGUAUCGAAACACUGACUACAUCAACAACAAGUUCGCCCUACACAUUGGUUCUGCUCUGUUCAACGGUUUCUCAUUUUGGAUGAUUGGUGACAGUGUUGGAUCUAUGCAACUGCGUCUUUUCACCAUCUUCAAUUUUAUCUUCGUGGCCCCCGGUGCUCUGAACCAAUUGCAGCCGCUAUUCAUUGAACGUCGGGACAUUUACGACACACGUGAGAAGAAGUCGAGGAUGUACUCAUGGAAGGCCUUUGUGACUGCCUUGAUUGUCUCCGAGUUCCCCUACCUGUGCAUUUGCGCCGUGCUUUACUUCGUCUGCUGGUACUACACUGUUGGCUUCCCCAGUGACUCCAACAAGGCCGGUGCCACUUUCUUCGUCAUGCUGAUGUACGAAUUCGUCUACACCGGAAUUGGUCAAUUCAUCGCCGCCUACGCCCCCAACGCCACCUUUGCUGCUUUGGUGAACCCGGUCUUCAUCGGUACUCUGGUUUCAUUCUGUGGUGUGUUGGUGCCUUAUGCGCAGAUCCAGGAGUUCUGGCGGUACUGGAUCUACUACCUGAAUCCCUUCAACUACCUGAUGGGCGGUAUGCUGGUGUUUACCGUCUGGGGCACCGACGUCAACUGCAAGGAAAGCGAGUUUGCCCGAUUCAACCCGCCCAACGGAUCAACCUGUGGCCAGUACAUGAGCGAUUACAUGAUGACGGUGGGAACACGGAUGAACCUCGUCAACGCCGAUGCCACUACCGACUGUCGCGUCUGUCAAUACCGCACUGGAAGCGACUAUCUCUACACGAUCAACCUCAAGGACUACUACUACGGCUGGCGGGACAAUGCCAUUGUGGUCAUUUUCGCCAUCAGCUCGUAUGCCCUUGUUUAUGUGUUGAUGAAGCUGCGGACCAAGACGUCCAAGACGGCUCAGUGAUCUCUUCUCUUCUCUGUUUCUUUUUAUAAUUUCUUUUUGUUUGAAUAUUCCGAUGGAAAAGUAUCGAUGACGGUAUAAUGUUUAUAGACUUGCCAUGAGCAUUUCAGGAGUUGUAUGAUUUACUAUCUACUAGAUACCUGUGAUAUCAAUUAAUAGACUCACAUUCUUAUAAUGAAAGUAACCUAACAUAACAUCGUAAACAAUAAACAAAGCCAAUCUUCACUCAACCCGAACCAACACCGACUUGGCU